CGAUAGCGUGCUUGCAACCGCAGGGGGCGUUGGGAUUGAUAGGGAUGUUUCCAUCAUGGCGGCAUCCAUUUCAGGUUAUACUUUUAGUUCUGUGUGUUAUCACAGCGCCAACAGUAACUCGGAUCAUGAGGGCUUCCUUCUAGGUGAAGUAAGGCAAGAAGAGACUAUCAGCAUCAGUGAUGCCCAGAUUGCCACAGCAGAAAUAAUACAAGUAGUUGAAAUCCAUAAUCAUGACCCUUGUGCACAAUUGUUUAGCUUUUAUGACUAUGCUGGAAAAGUUAAUGAAGAAAGUCUUAAUAACAUACUCAAAGAUCGUCGAAAAAGUGUUAUUGGCUGGUAUCGGUUUCGGAGGAACACUCAGCAGCAGAUGUCCUUUCGGGAGCAAGUCAUUCACAAACAGUUGACCCAGUUGCUUGGCGUCCCUGACUUGAUCUUCCUUCUUUUUAGCUUCAUCUCUACAGCCAAUAGUUCUACACAUGCACUGGAGUAUGUGCUCUUUAGGCCUAACAGAAGUAGGUACAAUCAGAGGAUUACCCUUUCUCUUCCAAACCUUGGCAACACAAGCCAGCAGGAAUACAAAGUGUCCUCAGUGCCCAACACCUCAGUCAACUACACCAAGGUCAUCAAAGAGCAUGGAGCGGAAUUCUUUGAUAAAGAUGGUGUGAUGAAGGAUAUUCGAACAAUCUAUCAAGUGUACAGUGCUCUGCAAGAUAAAAUGCAGGCGGUGUGUGCAGAGGUAGAGCAGAGUGAACGAGUCAAAGAAAAAAUCCAAGAAGAUGUGAACAAACUCAAACAACAAAUUGCUCUCAGGAAACGGAAGACUGCAGAAGAAGAGAGGAGAUUGCGAGAAGGCCAGAAUGCAGACUCUCAUUCCACUCCAGAAGACCACGCAGAUCCUCCUGAGGUGGCCCUUCUGUCCAGGAUAGGCUUCCACAGUCCCUCAGCGCCACAGAGGCCCAGUACUUCACCAAACCCCCCAUCUUACACAGACCUCCUGUCCCAGGAUGACUCUCUGCUGUCAUCCUCCUCCUCUCCCACCAGUGCUGCUCUCCUGCCCCGACCUCAGGCUGUGGGAUCUCCGGGACACCCCACCCCUGGACCACUGGGUAUGGACUUAGGUUUAGGGCUUAGCCUUGGUUCUAAUCCUGUUCCCACCCCAAACUCCCCCUACCUGGGUAACGGAGAUGGGUCGAGCUCUGAUUCGUUAGACAGACACGCUGCUGGUCAGGAGGACGAUGAAGACGAGGAUGAUGAUGAAGAUGAGGAGGAUGAGGACAGUAGUGAAUAUGAGAACUUAGUGAGUGAAGCCUCUCUACAGAUGGCUCAUGGGCGACCGGCAGCUCUGAGCCCUGACGGCGAUGCUCGUGGGUCCCAGGCCACAUAGGAGCGUGACUGAGGUGUGAGGGACAAUUCCAGACACGCGCUGCACCUUGAGACUGGCUCCACUGAGCGAUCAGAGACUGAAGAGGACAUAAGUGCCAGGCCUGACUGUGAACGGCAUGCGCAGGUGGUCAUAUGCUGUGUGUUCUCUCUUGUCUUAGUCUCCAUUUUAAGGGGAAAUCAACAGGUAUAACUUGCUGGUGUUUAAUGUUUUUUUUGUUUUGUUUUGUUUUGGAAUGGUGGUGGUCAGGGUAUUUACACGGAGGCGACAACUAGCUUGUUUGUAAUAAGACAGGUCCUUCGUCUGUCUUUCCCAUGAUUAUGAUUCAUUUUAUUUUCAUGUUUGCUUAUCAAAGUACCCAUCCCAACCACAGCUCUUGCACUUUUUUGCCUUUUUUUUGUAACAGACCAUUUAAGUUAACAGCAAAGUGAAAGUAUUUUGCAGCCUUGUGACAAUUGUAUUAAUGAAGUAGACAAAGGGUUAACUUUUAAUUUCUUUGAUUAAUUUAUGAAUCAUUUCUUUAAUGAUUUAUUACUAGGCAUUUCUUUCAUUUUGAUUUUAUGUUGCUCUUAAUUAAGUAAACAUCACUCAUGUAAAAUGAUUGAUAGAAAGACAAAAAUUAACUCUGCCAUUUCCGUAAUGGGUGCUUUAUAAAUAUAUAUACUUAUAUUUUGUCAGAUUAAUAGUUAAUCAAAUAUGAUUGACGAGAAUGUCAAUGUUGUGUUCUUUUUGGAUAACACUGAACUUGUAUGCGCCUUGCUGCACUUAACAACAUCGUUAAAAUUCAUUCUAAUGCUAUACCAAUGCUGUCAUGUGCCACUGAAGUAGUCCUCUUUGUCUUCUGUUUGUGUGUCGUACAAGGUUCACAGGGCAAACACAAUGUACUGUAGCUUUACUAACCAGAUGCUUCAAGUUCCCCUUUUGCUGCUGCAACACAGAGAGCUACCACUGCAUCUGUCUAUCAUUCUUCUUAUAAAAACUGGCUGCUACUCUAUCUUUUUUUCUGGUUGUCUCUUUAACUACUGACCCUGAACAUAUAACGCUCUCUAGUCUUAUACUGACAUUCUAUUAAAAGUCAUAAUUGUUGAUGGCCCUGCAGUGUAUGGGCGUUGUUGCUGUGGGAACAGUGAUCUUUCCCCUGACUUGGUGUAGCUGACAGCAGACCUCAUGUAUCUGAACUUUGCUUCAGUGUACUGUGCCUUUUACUCAGGAUAGUGUCUGCCUGCACACAACACACUAUUUGCUUUGGGGUACUCUCAUAUUAAUCUACAGUACCUGCUACAACUCUUGGUACCCUAUGAUAAUGUGGACAAGUUUGUACUUCAGCAAUUCUCCAGCAGUGUUUUUUUCUCUCUCUCUCUCUCUGAUUUGUAGGCCACUGGAACAAUCCCCCUGACAAAUCCUUUUUUAGGCUGAUUGACAAUACAUCAAGUACUUAAAAUUUCUGAAGACCUGAUUAAAAUAUUUUCCAUUGCUUGGCACCCAUGUUCACUAAAAAUAAUAAAUCAUUAAGGGAAUUCAAAUGGCUGCCAAUAGCUGUUACACAUUUCAUUUUAACAAUUUUCUUAUCACAUAAAACUGUUGUGUGUUUAUUUUUGUUAACAGUAAAAUGAGCUGAUUUUUACAUCAUUGUUCCCCUUUUAUUGAUAAGGGUGCUAAUACUUACUGAACAUGUAGGACACAUAAUAUAGUAUAUACACAAGGUCUAGAUGUAACCAUGUUACAUUACUUCUCUCUUCAAAAAAAGACCUGUAUCUGACAGUGCAAAUUGUAAUUCUAUGGCUUUAAUUUAAUUUAAUAAACUGGACUCAUACCAAGAGAAAAAAAUGCCAAACACAUCAAGUAGUAUUUUAAAAUAAUGCUGGAAAAAGAUUCUAUUGAAAGAUUUGGACAGCUAAAUUUGAACAUUUUCUGUUUGUAUUUAUUUACUUUUUUGAUGAGUAGCCUUAAUGUGUUGCCAAUAUUUAAAAUUAGAAAAGUCAUUCAAAUGUAAAAAAAAAAAAAAAAAAAAAAGGAACGCAAUGAACACAAUCACAUUAUUUUGUUUGCAAUAAAACUAACAAUUUAUUAUGAUUGUACAGGGGUUGUGGGUAGCUUUCAACAUCUGAUUGUCCCAUAGCCUAAAUCGUUUAUGGUGGAGGGUUGUAUAUUUUCCUCAAUACCUUUUCAAAAGGGUAAUGCUUCUCUGACCUCUGACUAGUUCUUCCUGUUAUUACUCUGCAAACUCCAUGAUGAUGAGAAAGACCACCUGAAUAUUACACGCACCUGUACUCUUACUGUAUAAGGGACAGUUUUUCCUGAUGCCCUCAUUAGGCACAUAAAUUUCUCCAUAAAGCACAAAGUCCAGCUGCAUCUUAUGGUUUCUUCUGGAUCUGUGCGCUUAAAAAAUGGAUAAAGAAAAGCGCAGAAUAUGGUUGGAUAAUAAAUAAGAGAUUCAUUCAAUGCA